ACGGAAGUAGGAGUCAGUGGCAGACAGCAGGAGGAUGACAUUGUACGUGCAAGUGUGUGUGCUUAACUCAGACACAGCCAAUCAUGGCAGACUUCCCGUCCAAGGUAACCACGGAGACUGGCACUACCCCAAACUCCCAGAGCAAUCAGCAGGGGGGCAACAGCCUCAGGGGGCUGGCAGCUAAUGUGACCACGAGGAUGGACAUGUCUUUUAUCAAGAGCAACCCCUCUGUCCUCAUGAUGGCCCAAAUAACUGGGGGGCUGCUCCACUGGGCGCUGAUCGCCAGCUCGCCUUACAUGUGGGCGCCGGCCAACGGCUGGGUGCUGUUUGUGGCCGUCACUUUCUGGCUUCUCACCACCGUCCUCUUUUCCAUGAUACUCUUUGGUGCCCAGAGGAGACUCACCGCUGUGCCCUGGCCGCUCACGGUGCUGGUGUACCACGGGGUAGCCACGUUCCUGUACCUGACCGCUUUCCUGGCCAACGCCGCCUCUGUUCAGCACUUCUCCUCCACCUACUUCUUCGGGAAUAUGGCCGCUGCCGCUUUUUUUGCAGCGGUGGUGACGGUGGCCUACGGCGUCAGCGCUUUCUUCUCCUAUUUGGACUGGAAGGGAGACGGGGGAAACGCCGCCACCAGCAUGGUGCCCACCUAGGAAUCAAAGAAAAGCACUAGAAAGACUUGCAUCGCUGCCACAUCAAGGAGAUAUGUGAUGAUUAUUGUUGCUGAAGAUGGAUGUGAAUUGAAACACCCGGGCGUUACACUCCGGUGCAUCACGUGCACACUGUAGGUCACAAGCCAUCAAAUUGUUGCGCUUCAAAUAGAAAAACAUCUGUUGGAUAACGCCUACAAAUAAUCAUUUGUCUCUUUUGUGUCGAGGUAAUGUCAUUAGCACCCAUGUUACAUUCUAAAUCCGACUUUUAAGUUCCAUGAUCAAAGAAACAGCGUCGUUUUAUUUAUUUGCAGCUUUAUUUCCUGCCAUUCUGGGUUUUUACUUUAUUCCCCCCACCCCAACUUGUUUUACAUUCAUACACCCCUUCAGGCUUCUUUCUGUCACAUAUAUUUUCUUUUUUAUUUCCUCCUUCUGUCAUCUCCAGUACAUUAUUCUAUCACAGAACUGCAUUUUUAUCGAUUCCUUUCUUACCCUAGACCAAACCAUUCCAUCCUUUGCUUAAAAAUUAUUUGCUACCAUCCUGCGGUACCAAUACAGUUUCAUAAAUCAAUCGUUUUAUCAAAUUCAAAUUAUUUGCUAUGACACUAACUAGUGUAUACUGUCGCUACUUCUGGCUGCUUUCUGUACUGUGUGGGACAAUUAUAUGACCCGUUAAAUCAGGGAUGUCAAACUCAAAUACACAGUGGGCCAAAAUUUUAAAUUGAACAAAGCCAAGGCUGAACAAAUGAACCUUUUAACAUGGAACCAAACAAGUCCGUAAUACUUGUAAUACCGGUGGACCAGCUCUAAUAUUAAUUUGAAAUUGCCUCACGGGCCAAAUAUAAUUACACGGCCAGAGUUUAACACCUAUGCGUUAAAUGAUUCUUAAGUAACAAAAAUGUGAGCAUGACCAAUGUGAGCAGUUUUUGAACAAACUAACAAAUUCAGCAAAAUAAUUCCCCCCCUGCAAUACUACAUCGUAAACCUUUUUGAAGCUAAUCGUAAAAUUGCUCAUUCAAUUACAAAAAACAAUUGGAGAUUGGGGGCGGCACAGUUUGUAUGUUCUCCCCGUGUCUGUGUGGGUUUCCUGUGGGCACUCUGGUUUCCUCCCACAUCCCAAAAACAUGCAACAUUAAUUGGACACUCUAAAUUGCCCCUAGGUGUGCUUGUGAAUGCGGCUGUUUGUCUCCAUGUGCCCUGUGAUUGCCUGGCGACCAGUUCAGGGUGUGCCCGCCUCCUGCCCGUUGACAGCAGGGAUAGGCUCCAGCACUCCCCGUGACCCUUGUGAGGAUAAGCGGCAAAGAAAAUAGAUG